AUGGGUUCUCUGCCAUCCAACACGUCUCAUUCUCUUUCAACGUACCUUGACAAGGCCCACGUACAAUACAACCAAAAACACCCACAAUCCCGUGAGAACCAUGUCGAAGCAUGCAGAUACAUGCCCGGCGGCAACACCCGGACGGUGCUACACACCACGCCGUUCCCCUUGACCAUCGACUUAGGGCGGGACUGCCAUCUCACCACCGUCGACGGAAUCAGGUACGUCGACUUUCUGGGCGAAUAUACCGCGGGCAUCUACGGUCAUAGCCACCCGGUCAUCAAGGACGCGGUGCAGAUGGCGUUGGAAAGUGGAUGGAAUUACGGCGGCCACAACCCACUCGAACCGCAGCUGGCCAGGAGGGUGUGUGAGCGGUUUCCAGCCGUGGAGCUCGUGCGGUUCGUCAACUCGGGUACCGAGGCGAACAUGAUGGCGAUUGCAACGGCGGUUGCGUACACGGGGAAGAAGAAGGUGCUGUUGUUCAAUAAAGGCUACCACGGUUCCACCAUCUCGGGCAACACAUCGGCCAUCAACCUGCCGCACGAGUUCGUCGUGGGCACGUAUAACGAUGUCGAGGGCACUGAAGAUCUAGUACGCUCUCUGCUGCCGUCAGCCAAGGAUACAUUGGCCGCGAUCCUGGUCGAGCCCAUGCUCGGCAGCGGCGGCUGCUAUGCAGGCACGCCCCGGUUCCUAGGCAGUCUCCGCAAGCUGGCCGAGGACGCCAACGCCCUCCUGAUCUUUGACGAAGUCAUGACUAGUCGUCUGCACUACCGCGGCUUAGGGUCGCAGACCGGCGUCACGCCCGACCUGAUGACGCUGGGCAAAUGGGUCGGCGGCGGCAUGAGUUUCGGCGCCUUUGGCGGCCGGAGAGAUAUCAUGGCUCUGUACGAUCCUCGGUCCGGCAGUCUCCAGCACCCAGGCACGUUCAAUAACAAUGUCUUCACCAUGGCCGCUGGCAUUGCUGGCUGCGACCUGCUGACUGCCGACAAACUCGGCGCUUUGAACCAUUUGGGCGACUCCAUGCGCCAGCAGAUCGAACGUGUCUUGUCCACGAGAGCCAUCCAAGGCACUUUGCCUGCAGGCCCAGUAACAGACGACAUGCAAUCACCCCAACACCCGCGUUGCCCACCCAAAAUGUUUGUCAGUGGUGUCGGCAGCUUGAUGGCCAUCCACUUCGCCGGCCCGGACAGGGACUUGCUGCAGGGCUUGUUCUUCCAUCACAUGCUCGAGUCCGGAGUCUACUUGGCCCCACGUGGAUUUAUUGCUUUGAACAUCGUGCUCACGGAGGAGCACAUUGCACAGUUUGUACAGGCGGUUGAAGGGUUUUGCGACAAAUAUGACCGGUUUCUAAUAUGGUGA